AUGGUCAGUCUUAAGUUAGACAUGAGCAAGGCUUUUGACAGGGUUAAUUGGGACCUUGUGAGAGGCAUUCUAGUCACUCCUCAAAGAGGCCUAAGGCAAGGGGAUCCCCUCUCCCCUUACCUCUUCAUUUUAGUUGUGGAAGGUCUAAGUGCCCUUAUUCACAAAGAAGUCCAAGCUGGUGGGCUGCACGGAAUUGUCAUUGCUAGAAAUGCUCCGACCCUAACCCAUAUGUUCUUCGCAGAUGAUUGUCUUGUGUUUUGCAGGGAUAAUUCUCUUGAGAUCAACACUCUUAAAGCCACGCUGGAGGAGUUCACUACGGCUUCUGGGCAGACUAUAAACUUCAAUAAAUCAGCGCUCCAAUUCAGCAGAAACGUUGAUCCCCUUACUAGGGAGGUUGUCUGUGAAACUAUUGGCAUCAGUGAAGGUAGCCACAGGGGUAGCUAUCUCGGCCUUCCUUCCCUUAUUGGCAGGCGUAAGACUGAAAUCUUGGGCUUCAUAAAAGCAAAGAUUCUUGGGAGAAUCCGCAAAACCUUGUGUAAUAGCAUUGAAGUUGCGCUGAAUGAUUUCUGGUGGAGAGGGCAAGGUUCAAGGGGUAAAGGAAUCAAAUGGAAACGUUGGAAGGAUCUAUGUUACCCCAAGUCUGCAGGGGGUAUGGGCUUCAGGAGGAUAGGUGAGUUUAACCUGGCGCUCCUAGGCAAACAGGCCUGGAGGUUUAUUGCUCACCUUGAUUCCUUACUCACAAGAGUUUUCAAGUCUAAAUAUUUCAAGAGCUGUUCCUUUUUCGAUGCUAGUUUGGGGAGCAAUCCAUCAUUUGUCUGGCGUAGUAUUCUUGCAUCCCAGAAAGUGAUCAAUGACAACUGCAGUUGGAGAGUGGGCAACGGCACAUCUAUCAAUAUAUGGAAGGACCCCUGGUUGGUCGAAGCCCCCCAUCCCUUCAUCCAAACAGUUAUGCCCAUCCACCUAAGUGAUGGCACAGUCUCAGGCCUCAUGCACCUCGAAAAUUCGGGUUGGGAUGUAGACAUAUUGAACGACAUUUUCGAUGAAGAGGACAUUGAUAAUAUUCUUAGCAUCCCUCUGCCAAUGUCGAACCAUGAAGAUAUAAUCAUCUGGACAAAAGAGGAGAAAGCCUUUCAAAUGGACAAAGAUCAGGAACCUCUCUAUUCCCCCGAAGGUCAAGAUGUUUACAUGGCAAGCCUGCAGNCAUUUGAUGAUAUCUACAUGGGCACCAACUUGGACAUCACAACCUGGCUCGAGAGAAAUAUGGAAAAGCUGUCCACGGAUUGUUUUGGUCUCCUCCUCACUUCAUGCUGGAUGAUUUGGCAAGAAAGGAACAACAAAGUUUGGAACAACGGCCCGUCUUUACCUCCCAGAAUUCUUGAUCAUGCUGCUUCAUUUCUUAGCACCUGGAGGUCCCUUCAAUCGUCUACCCAUGCUCCCACUGCUGCCACCUCCACAACCACUUGGCAGCCCCCACCUACUGGUUAUUUAAAAGUGAAUGUUGAUGCUGCUAAUGAUGCCAACUCCAAAUCCACUGGGGUGGCCUGUCUAGUUCGAGACAAUGAAGGAUCCUUCCAUGCAGCGCUCCAGCUUAAGUUCAGAGGUUAUCACAAUGCAAAGAUUGCUGAAGCCAUCGCGAUCCGUGAAGCUCUAUCAUGGCUCAAGUCAAGAUGCAUGGACAAUAUCCAGAUCGAAUCAGAUGCUCUGUUAGUGGUCGAAGGUAUCAAGAAUUCCAAUGGUUGCACCUAUCUCGACCUUAUCCUGUCCGACAUUAGAUGCCUAGCUUUAAACUUUCAUAGUUUGUGCUUUGUAUUUGCCAAACGGUCCGCGAAUAAAGCAGCUCACCUACUCGCUAGGGAUGCUUUACUCAUUGCCGACCGUAAGGAGUGGGGAGUAUCCCCUCCUUCUUUUCUAUUUGAUGUGGAUCUUUUAUAUUAA